AUGUGUGCGUUUCCCGUAAACACACGGAGAAAAAGAAGCUAACACCAUUUUGACAGAUCGCCUGUAUUUAGCGAGAAAAGUUGGUUUUUGCUCUACGCACAGAAACGCAAGUACGAAAUCGUGUGCUGUGUAUACCUCUCGCUUCCCUAAAGAAAAGUGCUUUUCCAUCGAGUGCAAGCGGGCGGAUCGAAAGAUAAACGUGAUCCUACGGUACGCGAACAGUACAGUUCGUAGGGCGCUUUAGGCGGGUCUCCGGUUGUGGGCAGAAUUUGUGGCGGUACACACCGUUCUGUUGUAGCGCACCUCGCGGGCGUUGUUGGGGUGAAAAGUUUGUGUUUGCUUACCUUCGAUAUUGUGCUGCAACGCGUAUUAUCAACCCCAGUUCAACGUAGAAAGAGGUGCUCCUUCGGGAGGCAAGUCGUACACUGUGGUAAAGCUCCUGCUUGGUAGUGGUAGAAACCGCGCUGCUAGUAGUGUUGUGUUGAGCCCAGCGUGUGGGAUGCUGGCAUCGCAACGAGUCGUGUUUAUGUUGUGUUUCCCACGUUCCUUCAAGCCGUAUAGUCAGUGGUACUGUCUGGCAGCAAAGUGGUCUAGAUCGCUUGAGGCAGUGUAUUUUCGGUGAAAUAUUUAAAGCAUAACCACGUUCAGUGAUGUAGCAUAGGUAGCCGCAGGUGCAGCAUCCUUGGCUAAGUUAUUUAUCUAUCUCUCUCUCUGGUAACCAGCAAACAGUGUAGACGUGAUAGAACACAGCAAGUGUGACGAAAAAGUGUUAAAAUUGGUAAUAUUUUCAAACUCAUCAUACCGAUGGCGUCUCCUGCCAGGGAAGAGCACGUUUCCCAGGCAGAACGUAGCGUGUGAUCAAACGCGUUUGUGUGUUGUGUUGUAGAGGGGAGGCUGGUCAACAGCAGCAGCAGCAGCAGCAGCAGCAGCGGCAAAAUGUCAACGAAAACAACCACAACCACCACCACCACAUCGACUGGCCGUAGUAGCAGUAGCAGCGGCGGCAGUUCCGGCGAGUUCGAUGUUGCCUCGUUCGAGAAACGGCUGCGUGACCUGAAGGAUACGCAGGACAGCAUUCAGCAUCUGUCGAGCUGGUGUUUAUCGAGGCGAGCUCACCACAAAAAGAUCGUCAGUAGCUGGCUGAAUGUGCUGAAGCAAGUGAAAAUCGAAAGCAGAUUAACGUUGUUCCAUCUGGCCAACGAUGUGAUACAGAACAGUAAGCGCAAAAACUACGAGUACGUCGACAGCUGGGGAACGUACCUGCAGAAAGCGACCACGCUGGUGCGGGACGAAAAGGUGAAGCACAAGAUUUUGCGCAUCUUCAAAAUCUGGGAAGAGCGGGAAAUCUACAACGAGGAGUUUUUGGCCGAUCUGAACGGGCUGCUAAGCGUGACGACGUCGUCCGCCAAGAAACUCCAACAGCAGCAACAACAGCAACAGCAACAACAGCAACAACAACAGCCGCAGCAGCUACAGCAGCCGCAGCAGCAACAACAAAAUGCCCUCGGCUCGAACCAAAGCGGCGCAACGCUCGCCACCGGGCCGACGAAGCUUACGGAGACGAAAUCGGUCGUUAAUGCGAACAGCACCCAGCUGGACGUGGACGACUAUCAGGCCACCCAUCUGGUGGCGAUCGUGCGCGAAUGUGUCAAACACCAGAGCGACACCGAUCAGACGUUCAAGGGACUGAACAAGAAGCCGCACGUCGAUGUGGAGGUGGUAAUGAACUCGAUCAAGGGCAAGGAUCGCAAGCGGGUGGAAGCGGUCGAGCUUGAGAUCGACGAUCAUCUCUCACAGUACGAGAACGUGGUGGAUGUGCUGAAGACGGAGCAAAAAUCACGCCAAGAGCUGCUGACCGUGCUGGAGCAGGCGCGACUGUUCUACGAGAACCAGCGCACGGAGGUGAAAGUCGUGGUGAAUGCAUACCGCAACUUUGGUAACCGGCUCAAAAGCAUGAAGAAGAAGCUGGACGAACUGACGGUAAGCUUGCCGAGUCCGAUCCCAUCGCCGGACAUCAAUGCACCGUCGCCGGUACCGUCGGAUGGUGACAACAUUCUGCCGAACGAGGACAACUACUUCCCCAUGAUACAGCACCAGGGCAGCUACAUGGGCGGUGGACCACUUUCGUUCGACAUCAAUGACUUCGGUCGCAGUAACUCACCGAUGGUUAUGAACAGAGGUUACCAUCCAGGGCCGCCGGUGAACGCGUCGAACAUGCCGACGGGUGUGAGUGGUGGUGGUGGCGGCGGAAGCGGUGGUGUCGUACCAGGAUCCCAGCCACCUCCCGGCAUCGUCCCACACCCGUACGGUGGAGGUAGUGGAGGUGGUGGUGGAGGCGGUGGUGGUGGUUUUAUAAAUCCUUGGACCACCUCAACCCCCCGUGGCCCACCACCGGGCAGAGGGAAUAAUGGUGGAUACGCUGGCAAUAAUAGGCCCCCGCUACCGUACGGUGGUCCACCGAUGCUGCAGGACUAUGGGGCACCGCAGCAGCCGCCGGGGCGCAAUGCGGGACCGGUCGCACAGCCCCUGCAGCCGCCACCAAUGCCGCCAAUCAAUCUGGACGCAUCGGACGAGUAUAAUUCGACCUGGAACAUGUCCAUGACGUGGGACGGGACUCAUGACUCAUCCGGCUUCCAAAGUUUGGAAGCGCCGGUCUCUCCGUCCCAUUACGAUCGCAAGGGUGGCAUGCUGCUGGAUUACGGCGACGGCAGCAGUGGUGACGGUGGGCUUAUGCAGGACGUGGACCAUCGACAAAUGUCGGGUAAUCUGUCGAUGCCUUCGUUCCUGAAGGAAAAGGGCCGCUUGGCUGACGUUGACCAUCGGAAUCUAAUCUCACUUACCGGAUCGCCCGGAGGUCCGCCGCAGCUGAAGGACUUGCACGAGCUGGACGCACUGGACGACAGUUCGUCCUCGAGCAGCAUGCCGAUGGCGUCCGGUAUGCGUGGAGGCAUGCAUAAACGCAAGCCGGCUCCCCAACCAGUACCUGCUCCUCCUACGGUGCCAUCGAACGAUUCGGACAGGGGUGGUGGUAGAGGGUCUGUUUGGGCGGCGCACGGCAACGUUUUCCCCGUACCGACCAACGACGUCGACCUAAGGCUAAUGGCUCCGUCCGGUGCAUCGUCAUCGUAUGGGGUACAGGCGUCAAAUUCGGCCCUGACUGUGGUUCCGACAACGGACGGCAGUUCGGAGGCGGUGUCGAACGAUGCAGGGGACGAAUCAAAUGAUCUGGAUAUGAGGAUACAAUCGCUGGAGAAGGCGAUCGCAGCACAAAUAGCGAGCAGUGGCAAUCACAGCACGGUUCCACCCCUGUCCCUGGACAAGCUCGAUGAUGCGGAUGGGGGGUCGGAUCUGUUGGAAGGUGGUUCGGCACACGAUGGCGAAGAGAAUGAGGAUAGCGUACACUCGGUCGAAGGCGCAGCGGAAGGUGACGGUGAACUGAACCUACCGACGCUGCAAACUCCGGUCUCGCUGCUGGAGAUUGACAGCUUUUUGCAAAACUUUGAACGGGAAAACUUUGACGAUUUUACCAAACCACCGGCCUUGCUGAUGAGCAACCAGACCGAAUCGUCCCAAUCACCGCCAGCUACCUCAGACCGUUCCGUUCCGGCGACGGGAGAAUCGAAGCGAAAUCCUUCCGAUAAUACGGAGAGCGUCGACAUGGAUGUGUCUGAGGAAGAGGAGGAAGACGAGCCAGUGGAACAAGAUGAGAGCAAACGUUCACCAUCACGAUCGUCAGCUGCGUUUCAUCAUGGCGCGGACGCGGAGAAUAGUAGUGAGGCUCCGGCAAAGGACGAAGGACAGACUAGCGACAGCUCGCUGGUGCGACUGUCGCUGAACAACGGCAUUGGUGGCAGCAACAACAACAGCAGCACGGGAGGAGCUAACAAUCCGACGCCACCGUUGCAUCAGCGGCCCCCAUUGCUACCGGAUCCGACGUUCCCGCACGGCGCUGGUCCUAAAUGGGAUCUGCCGCCACCGAACCUGAUGAGUUUGCCGAUGCUGGGCAACUUUAAUGCGGUCCUACCGCCACCACCGACGCCUGGUGCGCUGGUGGGAAAGCUAACGCAGCCACCGCCGACGGCCGGUGGUGCUAUUUGGGCCGAUCAGCCACCGCCAGUCGGAGGAGGCGAUGGUCCUCCGAGCCUAUUUGGCACACCGAACCGUCCUCCACCGCCGCUUCCGUUCGGUUCGGGUGGCCCGAAAGGCAUCGGUAACAACAGCUACCAUCGCGGUGGAGGUGGUACGCCACGUGGUGGCGGCCGCGGCCAUAAUCGACCACCCUACUUUCGCGGUGGUGGAGCGGGUGGUAUGCGGCCAAACAUGAUGCCGGGUGGGGGAAUGAUGAUGGGUGGCCCGGGCGGAAGUCCAUUCGCUGGACCGAUCGUUGGUGGCACUGGUGGAUCGCCGGGAAUGCGCGGUGGCUAUCAUCGGGGUGGUGGUGGUGGUGGUAACAAAUUCCGCGGCGGAGGUGGUGGAGGCAACAAUCGAACCGGCUGGUAACGAGGCUAGGGUAUGCGCGAUUGUCGAUAGUGUUAAGACGCAGACGAUAGUUAGUGUUGAUCGAUGGGGAUGGCAGCACCGGUAACAUAGGAAGAAGGUAUGCGUUCGCAUGCGGAUACCAAGAAGAGAGCCGUCUAAUGUUUAAGUGUUGACCGAAGCGUGGAUAAUACGUAGUAGAGUUAGUAGGUAAAGCGCAAGGGGAGGCAUAAUUCUACCGAAUAGAAAAUGUUACAGGACGAUGGCACUGCGUGCUAAUUCGAUCGAAGUGCAGGAUUGUAUAUACAUACAGUAGCGUAUAGAAAAUGUACUAUAUAGCAGAAACACUUAUCGCACUUAUCGAAACCCCCAAAAACAGGAAAUAGCACAGGAAAGAAGAAUCUGUAAAGCAACAAACAAUUGACGUCAGAUGAUCUUGUUUCCUCGCGCCGGUCAAAACGGGGACAAAUGCAGACGACACACUGGAUUGCCACAGAAAAUGGGUGGAAGUUAUAGUUUGCUGCUGGAGAUCUAUAGUUCGUCACAAGCGCGGUACUACGCUGUGCUGCUGAUGGUCGGAUGUGGGAUAAGCCAAUGGCAGCAAUGCGCGAUCACAGAACACCGAUGCAACAUUUGAUGAAACGGGCAUUCAAGAGAUACCUAAUGAAGAAGCGAUUUACGUUUUGUCUUCUAGAGAGCGGCUGUUUGUUGUCAGUCAGUCCCUUACUCUUAUCCUUUGUAGCUAGCAUACUUCUAGCGCUACUUGAGUAUUUGCAUUCUGAAGCGCGUUCUACGGCAAGCCAGUAGCAUACAUUUGCAUUUGGGUAUGCAACCACGAUACACUAUUACUACUCUUCAUAAUCAAUCACAAUCUCCUUCUGCGCGUGUGUGUUUGUAUGUACUAUUUUCGCACGUUUCCUGUGAAUAACAAGUACUGUAAAGCUUACCUUGGGGGAGCUUUUACAACUUUUUCAUAAAUAUAUCACUAACAAACGAACAUAUAAAGAGUUAUUACAGCGGCUAGUAGACCGAAACAAUAUACCAGCAUCGUUAAAAAAACACACACACACAUAAAACAGGGGCAUGAGUUAAAACGUGAGAAACGAAAUAAAACCACAACAUGCUGUAAAAGGGUUAUAAAAUACCAUACCAUGUGGGUGUAUGUGUGUGUAUGUGUGAGUUUAAAAUACAUCUCUGUAGGGUUUGUAAGAAUGUAGGAAACAAUACAAAACAAAACAAAGAACUGUAUUGCUUGUUUCUUUUAACUGGACCCGUUUUAUCUCUCUGCCCUUCCUGUGGAACCUUACUACUACUAGUACUACACCUACUACUACUACUACUACUGCUAGACACUAUAGAUGUUUUACAAGUGUUUGAAAGAUAGAAAUAAAUUAAAAUGUGUUUAAUUCGUGAACCGAUGGCGGUGACUGACUGUUUGCCGGUGACUGUGCGACACUCCGUCGCCUAUGUAUGGACGAUUGAAGGUGUUGUUAUUUUUUUGGUUGUGUUUGUUUCUUCUAUUAAGUACUUUUGAUUUGCUUUUUGUAUGUGUUGUUGCGUUUUAUGAGAACGAUAUGUACCAAUGCAAUAUUGUUUUGAUGAAAGAUUAUUUCUUUUAAUUAGUGCAUGGCAUGAAGCCGUACGAUGCUUUUGUUGUAUUGACAGUUUUGAAUUAUUUAAAUAGUUUUUGUGCAGUGUUUUGGGUUUAAUCAUCAUUAAACCAAUGGUCUUUGUACGUUCAUACAGCACAAAAAGUGUGUCAGCUUUUAUUAUCCAUUGCUCAGACUUUGUAAUGAAGAGAAACAAUGUACCAUUUGUUUAGUAUUCAAUGACUAGUACCUGUUUUGUGACGAUUGACUUUGAAUACUCAUACAUAUGUUUCAUUUUUAUCAUAUGAUAACAUGAUAUGUUUCAUCUUUCAUUUCCAUAUGGAUAGGUCAUGUGUGUGGGUUUGCAAUAAUAUCAUAUUUGAUUUAAAGUUAGAGAUGAAUUUCCUCAUGAAAUAAACUCUUUUAAUAUUGUGGGUCUAUUUGUUCGUUUGUUAGAGUAAUUAAAGAUUUUUUAAAAAGAAAACAAUUUCAUUUAAUUAUCUGUGCAUAAUUGCGUGUUACUGUAUCGUUCGCUGUUACCUAUUGCUACCACACCGUCCGCUAACUCGCCGCCCGUCCCCGUAGUGACCAAGAUUGAACUGACGAAAAAAAAAAAGGAAAAACACACAUAAUCGCAUGCACAGCAAACCUUCCCACAGCAAGCCGCUGUUUGGCGGUGAUCGAUCUCCUAGGAUUAAUAGUUUUCUGUGCUGCCCGAGAUAGUCUGCCCCUUAUUCCCUAUGCUCUCACCCCCCCCCACCACAGAGCUGUUGGUGGGAGAGGUAUAACUCAUUGCAUUGUAGAUAUAUCCUUUUUUGUUAGUACCAUUUUGAACGUUAAUCAUCAAAUGAGUAGGCGAGGAACGAGAUUCAUUUGGGCGACAAACAGGAACUUUAUUGUACAAAAGCAAAGAAUACACGCGUAGUGACGCGGGGAAGGUCCCAUUUAGGUAUUAAAUCAUAACAAAACGGUACUAGUGAUAGUCGUCAGGAAUAGCUUUAGGCAGACGGCGUUUGAUAGGAGAGCGUUGGAGGAUUUGUUUUGUUUGGUAAGGUGGACAGAUACGUACAGAAGCUGUAAAUAGCCCACGCACACGCGGCUGGGAUGAAAGAAGAGCUGCCGGAAGGCUAGCAAGAUCGGUGCGAAGAACAGUGGUGGAUCCAUCCGACAAACGAGGCUGAAAAUCAGCGUACAAUCGAAUACAAUACAAGCUCAGUUUGUAAAAUGA